UGUGUAAUCAGACUGAAAUGCGCGAAAUUUAAACAAAAAGUAACUUUCGAACACCUACGAGAUUUCCAAAAGUGGAAAAAAGUUAGAGUGGUACCGAAAAAUAAAAUAUUUUCAACUCGUAUCAGUAUCCUCUGAAUCUGUUUUUUUACCGGAUUUUUUUCAGCAUCCCACAUAACCUUACUUCGUGACAGCCCAAACGCCCCAACUUCUAGUCACCAAAAUGAAACAACUUACAAUAAUUUUGUGCUUUUCCGUGAUUUUCCUAAGUAGUUUACACCAAAAUAGAGCACAGUUGGAGUUCGAACUGCCAAAAAAUGGACACACGAACAACUGGGCUGUCUUAGUCGACACGAGUCGUUUCUGGUUCAAUUACCGGCAUGUAGCCAACGUACUUUCGAUAUAUAGAAGCGUCAAGCGCCUUGGUAUACCCGAUAGCCAGAUAAUUUUGAUGAUUGCCGAUGACAUGGCUUGUAAUCCUAGAAAUCCGCGUCCAGCGACAGUUUUCAAUAACGCUAAUCAACAUAUUAACGUAUAUGGGGAUGACGUUGAGGUGGAUUAUCGAGGAUAUGAAGUUACUGUUGAAAAUUUUGUGCGUCUUCUAACAGGAAGAUUACCACCAGGUACUCCCAGAUCGAAACAGCUGAUUACUGAUGAGGGUAGCAACGUGCUUAUUUAUUUAACAGGGCAUGGUGGAGAUGGGUUUUUGAAGUUUCAGGAUUCUGAGGAGAUCACAAGUCAGGAGAUGGCAGAUGCUUUGGAGCAAAUGUGGCAGAAGCAAAGGUAUCAUGAAUUGUUUUUUAUGAUUGAUACCUGCCAAGCGGCUUCAAUGUAUGAGCGGUUUUAUUCACCUAAUAUUCUAGCUGUUGGUAGCAGCUUGGUAGGAGAAGAUUCACUGUCACAUCACGUGGAUCCAGCAAUUGGAGUUUACAUCAUCGACCGAUACACAUACCACGCUCUAGAUUUUCUUGAAAGUAUUGACGAGCACACGAAUAAGACAAUGGGGGAAUUUCUUAGCGUGUGUCCGAAGAGAGUUUGUAUCUCCACAGUCGGUGUCAGGAGAGAUCUAUUCAGAAGGAAUCCCUUUGAAGUCCCCAUCACAGACUUCUUUGGAUCUGUAAGACCUGUGGAAGUCAUAACUCAAGUGGCUCCUCAGCCAGAGGUCUUAAAUAAAACCAGAUAUCAAGUGACGUCGACACCAAAGAAGCACCGAUACGUUCCACCUCUAGUUAAUUUUAAUUCCCUAGUUUAGUUUUUUAUGUUGCAAUAAAUCAUUCCAUGUGUA